AUGGCGCCCACAAAGAAACGCGAAGCGCGCGAAAACAAUUACUACAACGUUGGCGUGCAGGGAAGGAAGACUGGCAUCACACUCGCAGACAAAGGCGUGUAUGACGAACAUGGCCUCGAACCGAUUUCCGGCAUCUUCUCGUCGCCAGAGAGGUCCCCACCCAAACAAGGGAAUGAUGCGACAGGAUCAGGCUCGAUGGAAAUACAAGAGAGUUCAAUGCCAGAACUCACCACAUCACACCAGAUCUUGCGCAACAACCGAACGCUCCUCCCUCCACCCCGAUCGCGAUCGCCCAAGAAGACCAACCUCGGAUCCUCGCCGCGACGCCAAUCCUCCAUGGCGCCGAGGGGAAGCUCUCCGCCCCCAUCCAGCCCCAUCCGCGACUCCGCACAGCCGAUUGCGCGACGCCUCGACUUCGAACAGGACGAAUCAAGCCUACAAGAGACGCCAGCGCUGAGCGGCUCAGGCGCGCGACGAGGAAAGCGAUCAGACGUGUACGAUAUACCGGAAGAAGAAUCGCCGGGCCCGGCAGAGAGUGCGAUAUUUGAAGAGAGCAUUGUGCAGGAAGAAAUUACAGCCAAUGAAUUGGGAAUAACCGCUGAGGAGAGUUUCGUUGCGCAAAUCGGAGGCGACGAGAGCAUGGCCGAUGACCAGGUUGUUGAGGACCUUGAGGAGCUGGAUCGUGAGGAGGAGUCUGAAAUUGUUCCGGAACCACCAAAAGAGAAGGCCAAGAGGGGUAGGAAACGAAAGAGCGAUGUUGUGGAGGUUUCAGAAGGGGAGCAGGAACCAGCAGAGAAGCCGCGCAAACGGGGCCGCCCUACCGCAGCGCAAGCCGCAGAGUCGCAGAAGGGCAAGAAGACUGCGCCUGCUGAGCGCCGACGCUCACAACGUGUAUCCGACGUCAGCGAACUGGACGCGCCCAUGGAUGACUCGAUAGAUCAAUCCGAGCAGGUUGAGGAAGCACCCGUUGCGCCGAAACGGCGAGGACGGCCACCCAAGGUACAACCGGUUAGCGAGCAAGAGAACAGCAUCGUCGAAGCGCCAGUCGACGACUCAGUAGAUCAAUCGGAACACGUCGAGGAAGCGCCUGCACCGAAGAAGCGCGGCCGACCGGCGAAAGCGCAACCAAAUGGCGAACAAGACGACAGUAUUGUUGAAGCGCCGGCCGACGACUCAGUAGAUCAGUCGGAACAAGUCGAGGAAGCGCCUGCACAAAAGAAGCGCGGACGGCCAGCUAAAGCGCAGCCAAAUGGCGACAAAGCAACAUCUUCAGCAUCUGCAUCGGCAUCAGCAUCAGCCAAGCCAGCGAAGAAGCCCAAUGCAGAAUUCACAAAGCCCGCGAAACCUGUGGGCAGACCCAAAGCAAAUGCAGAGUCCAAAGCGAAAUCGGCAAGUGCAGAGCCAAGGUCCAAUGGAGUAUCGAAAUCCAAGACUCCACAGGCGGAGAGCGAGGAGGCCGGCAAGCUGGUAGAUGCGUACGGAAACCCUCUCAGCAGAAAGGAUAUCGACCAAAUAUCUGCGACAUCAGCCGGCUCACGCUUUGGACGGGGACGACAUCUUUCCGUAUUCCGCGAGAUGGAUCCCGAUAAUGUCGCUCGCAUAGGACGAACAGGCAGACAUCGUGUUGCGCCCAUCGACUUCUGGAAGAACGACCACAUCUCCUACGAUCCCGACGGCAGCAUGUCGUCGAUUGUAAAGAGUCAAGCAGUAGAGGAAGAGAGGAGGAGGUCCACCAAGAAGUCCAGCUAUAAGAGCAAAAAGAGGGCGCUCACUGUUGUCGAAGAAGAGGAAAUCGAGCUCGACCCCUGGGAAGAGCAAGGCACUCUUGUUGGCAACUUUAGAGGUUUCGACACUGUUGGUGAUGUUCCCUCCAACGAUAUCAUCGAGGACACCAUCGCAUGGAACGAAAGGGGUGUCGAGCCCGUAGCCGUCGGAGAUGGCGGCUUCAAAUACGCAAAGAUUGGAUCCAUCGGCAACUUCUUCAACUGGGGUCUCAUCGAACUCGGUCCGGAUCAGAUGAAGCGCACGAAGAACUCUCGGUACAUGCACAUGAUCUUCAACGUACAGUCUGGUACUGUGGAGGUACGCGUGCAUGAGAACGAGUUCACAGUCCACAAGCAAGGUGUUUGGCAAGUCCCUCGAGGCAAUACUUAUAGUAUCAAGAACAUCGGCAGCGGGACGGCUCGUGUGUUCUUCGCUCAGGCCAGGGAACUGCAUGUCGAAGAGGCGGAAUGA